AACCGGUAGAAAUGUAUGGAAAGAAUUGUAUAAAGAACGUCAAAUUUCAUUAAAUAAAAUUAAAAAUUACGUUAAACCCCCUUUACCUUCACCUUUCGUUUCCAGUAGUGAUGAUGAUGGUGAAACUGAUGACUUUAGUACAAUUGUACAUCUGGAUGAUUUUAUGGAACUUCAUUUUGAUGAUGAAAACGAGAUUAAUAAUGAUAGUGAUAAUAAUACUAACAACGUUGAUAGCUCAACAUUAGAUUCAACUGAUCAAGUUGAUGACAUUGUUGACGAUCAACUAUUUGACUUUGAUGUUGAAUUUAAUUUUAUAGGUAACGAGAAAGACGGAGCACGAACGGAAGAAAUGGAACGAGAUAACAUAGAUUUUACCUUUGAAGAUGGUGAGGAACUCGAAAACAGCACUCUGGUAGAUAUGACGUUUACCGCCAUAAAAGAUGAUGAUGUAAAGGAAGAUAUCGUAGAAGAAGGUUCUAUUAAAGAAGAUACCAUGAAAGAAAAUACUGUAAAAGAAAAUACUGUAAAAGAAGAUACCGUAAAAGAAGAUACCGUAAAAGAAGAUACCGUAAAAGAAGGUACUAUAAAAGAAGAUAUUGUAAAAGAAGAUAUUGUAAAAGAAGAUAUCGAAAACGUAGAUAUCGAAAACGUAGAUAUCGUAAACAUAGAUAUCGUAAGCGAAAAUAUAUUUAAAGAAGACACUAAAGAUGAAGAACUUCUAAGAGAAAAUGUAACAAAAUUCGAAGAUAAUUUUGGAAUGGAUAACCCUUCAGUUAUUAAUGUUAAUGAAUCAAUAGAUGAUGAUCUACCUGAUUUUGACGAAAAUGAGGAAUCACAAGAUUAUGAAGAUAAUCAAAACAUAACUAAUUUAAUAGAUUACGAUGAAGGAUUAUCCCAAUUACAGGAUUUCGACGGGAAUGGAGCGUCAAUUAAUUUGCAAGAUUUCAAUGUUACCCAGAAUGAAACCACCGUUAAUGAUGAAUUGAAUUAUGUAGACGAGGAAGUGGGAUUGUUUGAUGUAAAUAUCACAGAAAUCAAUAUCGAGAACGCUAUUGAGAACAAUAUUGAGCAACAAAAUGGUCUUCCUAAUGGAGAUGCCAUUAUUGAAAAUGAAAAUGAUGAAUCGCCGGAUCAUGAAAUAAAUAAUGAUGAAAGUAAUCUUCCGAAUCAUGAUGAAAAUGAUGAUAUAAUGAUUCCACAAGAUCAUGAAAGUGAAAUCGAAGAGAUGGAUGAUAUGUUUGAUAAUUAUGAUAAUGAUAAUGAAGUGUUUGAUUUAUUCGUAAAUGAUAAUAUUCUAAAUCGAAUAAGAACGCGAAGGAAGAUUCAACAGAAUAAUGAUCCUGAAUUAUUAAAGAUUUUAAACAUUAUCUGGAAAAUUUGUCAAGAGAAUGAUGGAAUGAAUAGUGAAGUACUAUUAGGAGCAAAUGUUAAAGAAUUGGCAGUGAGCUUAAUUAAAUCAUUAGAUAAAAUGGAAGAUCAAAUACAAUGUCUAUCUAUUGCUUUACAAAUUCUCUCAAUAUUAAUUUCUUGGCAUCCCGAACUUACGAUCGAUUUGAAUAAAAAUAAAUCAUUAUGGAGGACCAUUCAUUAUGCAAUGAUUAACGUUGAUAUGUUUUUUCCAGAAUUAGAGAACACAGGGUAUAAACAAUUAAUUCUUCCGGCAUCCGCAGGGUCGGCAAUACACAUCUUUUUCCACACGAACUUUUUUAAUUUAUCGAAUCCGAGUGAAUUUUUUGAUGAAUAUGUACCUCCACCUCAACUUAUACCGGAUUCUAAUGUUUUCAAUAAUGUUUACAACAAAUCAGAAUUGGGACCCGAAGAAACAAUAAUUCAACCAUUUGGUGAAGAUUUUAGCGGGAAAUGGUGUGGAUAUUAUUUAUAUUAUAUAUCUAAUCAACCAUCACCAAUGAGGGAAUCAGCGAUGGACAUUACAUCAUUAGAAUUCUCUCCAUCUGAACCGGGUAAAGUAUAUUAUUUAAAUCAUAUUGAUUAUAAUCCCGUUCGUGUUACUGAUAAGGUAGUAAAAGAAUUUUCGGGUAGUGGAUCUGAUAAGCAUGGUGAGUUUGUAAUUAAACAUGGAAUUAUUACAGAGAAAGGGAAUGUAAAUUUUGUAAAAACAUAUAAGGGUAAACAUAGUUGGAUUUAUGAUGGUAUUUUAUUACCUGUUGGAAUUUGUGGAAGAUGGGGAAAUUCUUCACAGUGGCAUGGUAAUUUCUGGAUUUGGAAAAGAUAAAUAAAUAAAUAAAAUAAUAGUAUCAAAAUUAUCAAAAUUUUUAGAUAUUUUUUAUAUUUUUAGAAAUGUGUUCAAACUUCAAACCAAUUCAAUUUUAGAUGAAUGAAUGAAAACAAAUUUGAAAUUAUUAUAAUAUUUAUAAUAUAAUAAUACUAUUGUACUUUGCAUGCAUAUAUAAAUCCUUUUUAAUAAUAAAAUGUAUAUUUAUUUAGUUACCCGGUUGGGUUAAUAUGCAUACGCCGAUCAUUUUACUCUCAACAAGUUUAGAGUCCCGUUUAUUAAAAAUUUAUUUAGGUAUUAAUCAUUUAAUAUAUACUAAUAUACAAAGUAUUAAUGCGGAAACUUCUUAGGACGCAUUAUCAAGUUAAACAACGAGAUUUAUAAGUUUAUAUUAAAGUAAUAUUAAAGGAGAAAUUAAUUUGACAUGUGAUGCGAUAAUUUUGAUGGGUGU